AUUAAUUUAAAACAAAAAAAAACUCUCCAAGAAAAACCAGAUCUUAAGGAGAUUGCAGGAUUGUCUAUCACUGCCUCCAAUAAGACACGGUGUUGUCGGCGAUUUGUUUAUUUUGUUGUUGUUUUCUUCAUGUUGUGUGUGGGUGUGCAUGUGUGUGACGUGAUUGUGUGCGCUUUCGUGUAAUCGGUACAGCUAAUGAUGCGAUAUCAUUCAUAAUCAAUUAGCUCUCAUUCGCAAAUCUAUGCGAGACGUUCUUCUGUACAUUAGUGAUCGAUUAGCACCUUUCCCAUUCUAGUGUUGAUUAGAGAAGCGGAGAGACGUCAAUAUCUCUCUAGACCUCGCCAGAUGAGGAUACACCUGUUAAGCCACUAGCGGUAGAACAAACAAAAAAGAAGAAGAAGAAAGUGUUAAAAGUAGUAGUUUGCAGCUGAGCAGCUAGCUGAUCAGGAGUGCUUCAAAGUGUAUUGAAUCAGCAACGAGCAGCAAACAGAACGUUGGUUCCACGCCCCCCCUCCCCCGGACGCCAUGAGCGGCUGUCACCGAUCGGUUUUGCGCUCGUAUCUGCGUUGUGAGUGUCGCAGCCGAACCAGCUGUUACUAAGGGGGAAGGCGAAAAGCCCUGCAGGUGACAAAACAACACUGCCGGGACCGCCGCUCAGGCAGUCGGGCUCCGGGUAGCCGGAUCUCAAACCGACGCGGACGUCCCUUUCGUCCCUGCUCCCGUUUUUUGGCUCAACUAUCAAACCUCCUCCCAUCGUACCCAAGGAAGUCCACAGAAACACGUAGCCAGAGUUCCCAGAGUUGGUGCAAAACAUCUCUUCCUCUUCUAUCAACAAGCUACCUGUGGAUUAGCACGAUCAACAAGGAUGUCUCGUAGCAGCAACGCCCAAGUUCUUCCUCUGCUCGUCUGUACAUUGUAUCUGGUGGUCAUCUACCUCCACGAUGCCGAUGGCUCAGUAUUGGCAGGUGGAAUUGAUCGUGGCAACAGACAACAUCGUGCUAUGCGACGAUUAGACAGCGGACUGGAACAGGUGGAGGACCGCACUAACGCUAUAGAUCAACCACUGGAUCAGGCACUGCAGCUCAAAUACUACGAUGUCGUUCAGGUGGAUUUGGUCCACAGCCUUCCAUCACAGUCCGAUCCGGAUACACUUUCACUGGUAGCGGCCGGUGCUGGUGAGGGUCAGAGCACCGAUCAGGUGUCGGAGUCGCAACCGGUACCAUCGUCGACACCAACCGCCAAGAGUGAGUCAGCCAAAACGCUCGCCGACCAAGUGGCGGAGGGCAAGUAUGGUUUAAUCCAUCGCGAACUGUUCCAACGUCGACCGCAACGGCUCGGCGUACUGAACUACCGGCGCAACGAGGAGGUCCCGCUGGAUGACGAACGUAACUACGGUGGCUUACGGCCGGACGAGAUCUGGCUGGCGGAGGAUCAUCUGCUCGUGCUGAAGGGUGGUUCGAUCAGCUUCGGCAGCAAUCGGUCCGGGGCGGAUGCCGGCAGUGCCUGGCAGCCGAUCGACGACUACCGGGCACCGGACCGGCAGGUGCAGAUACCGGCGAACCCGGCCGUCCCGCCACCCUUUCCCGUGCAGCUCCGCGAAAACGGACCGAUUGAGUUUAUCCGUGGUCGUCAGGUGCCGGCAUUUAAUCCGUUUACUAACGAGUCGGCGUUCCUCUUCACCAACAAAGCGUUCCCGAUCAUACGGCCGGAAGAUUUCGGUGGGCAAAAUAUACUUACCGGGCCAGCGGCGCACAAUGCUACUGGCCAGCACCACACCGGACUCCAGUAUCCGCCCCCGGUCAACCCGCCGCCCGUUAGUGACAAUCGCACGUACUCGAAUCCGUUCCUAAAGCUGCCACCGCCGGGACCACCGUUCGGGCCACCGCUCGGUGCCGGUGUCGGUGGUUCGCUAGACGAUGUACGGAACCGUACCGGUCCGCUGCCGGGUCCGCCCGGCGAUGAGGACGAUCCAUCGCUUUACUAUCCACCGCCCUAUACGUUCGAGUACCGUGGCAAUUACACCAACCCGGUACCACCCGGUCCACUAGUGCCGGGCAUUAUCUUACCGCCUCCACCUAACUUUUUCAUCCUGAAACCCACGCCUGGUUCGUCCAACGGUACGAACGUGACAGUGGUCGCAACCGACCGGCCAAAGGUAAGCAAACCACCGAAACACUACGUCAGUGUACGGCCACACCUAACCACUACGGUAACGCCACUCGCCGUCAACAGUGUGGCACCGCCGAAGAUUACACCAUCGCGUGUAGAAAUCCAGAAAGCCGUACUGAAAACGUUCGUCCCAGUGCUGGAGGUGUACGGUGCACCGAAGGUGCCGUCUUCCAAACCUGCCUCCAAACGGCCCCGCCCGAAACCACCGACCGGACCACCGCCGACGGCAAGUACCGUUGCCGCCACGACGCCACUGCUAACACCGUCGACAAAGUUACACAAAAUACUACCCGAUGGUAGCGUGCCACGACAGCAGCAACCACCAGCACCGGCCGCACAUCCGAUCUACGCGGAGUAUUUCGACAUCCGCACCUCGACGAGCCCACCCGGAUGGAACGAUGUCGGGUCGUCGCCGGUUACGCCUCAUCUACCAGCCCGUACCUAUCUGCCGGUGGUCGGUAAACAUCGCCCAGAACCGGCCCGUCCAAUUGCACCGGCCACACCGGACUAUCUGUCCGGAUCGUACGGUUACAGCCCUAUCGAGCAGUUCCAUCGUGAGGUGCAAACCAUACGCCAGACGCUGCAAAUCUACGAGAAGGCCAACAAGCUUACCAAGAGCGGCCGUACGUCAAAGGCACACCAGUCGGGUCAGUCGCUUACCAAUCUUUCGCUCUCCUUCGACGGUAACGUCUAUCGCACACUCUUCCCGGAGGAGGUGGUCGGACCGCAACCGAUACAGGUCGGUGGGCUGCCUACCUAUCAGCAACCAUCCUACAAACCACAGUACGAACCAUCGCCGGCGUACGUAUACAGGGCUGGGGCAAACAGUGUUGUCGCACCGAAUCUACCGACCGGUUACUACGUUACCACCACCGAUUACGGACGACAUGCGACUGGGUACGGUGAUCAUCAACCGCAGUACUACCAACCAUCACAGCACGCACAGCCUCCACCUCCAGCACAGCCGGAUCUGUCCUACAUUGCGCCCGUCAUCCUUAACAAUGGUGCCAGCGGUUACAACCGGCGUCCGGAGUUUGACCCGAACGCACCAGGGACUACCACCAAAUCCUACCUCAUACUGGAUCAUCGGCUGCCGGGUGCUACCCGUCUGCGUCCGGAUCGCCAACGGCAACCGUCGGUUGCCGACAUACCGUAUCUGUAUCGUAGCAGUGGCCCGUCAUCGGUUGAGCAGGGUGGACCCGUACGGAACCGGUAUCUGGAGAGUGACAUUCUCGUCAACUACAAACAUCCACUGCCGGUGCUUAAUCCGGACAGCGAGUUUCUACCGUAUCACCAUCGGCUGAAGGUGCGCAAGCGACAGAAUGUACGGGGUGCGGGCGAGCAGAAACCACGCUAUCUCGGUCAACCGCUGUACAACCAUCGGUAGUGUGGUGCAGGUGUGUGUACACGCUUCACACGCACACUCCUCAUUGCGGAGUAAUGCUUAAACAAUUAAUGCGAGGGUGGCAGGAAAUUGAAGAAACGUAGUACGGGGAGGGGGAAUGGUGGGGAACGCGCGCUGAAGUUUUCUUCAAUUUUUGUAUAUAGCAGAUAUAAUGGUUUUCGUAAAUCCAUGUACCGGCCAAGCAACAGUAGGAACUCGGUAGUUUGAGAACAUAUUCAGCAAAAAAAAAAGACCCCGACGAAAAGAAUCCUUAGCGCUGCGUAGAAGAAGCGUUCGUGUCCGGAGCCGACUGUUCCGGAAGGCAACGAACUAGGUAAUACUCACUUGUAAUUAUUGUUGUUUUGUAAUGUUGAACGCUUUAUAUGGAAAUGUUGGGUUGGCGAUUUGCGGGUAAGAUGGAUACUUCGUGUUCUUCCCGGUGGUGCGGUUGCAGGUUAAGGUCUUUUGCCAUAGACUGUACACAACAUAAAAAAAAUCGUAAUAAAACAAAAUCACAAAAAACCACACACACACACGCAGAUAAUGAACAGUGAACCGGUGAAGUGACGACCAGCCGCCACCAAUAUUUGCCGAUUACAGGGGAGGACCUCCUUGUCAUUGUUGCCCGCAUCGUCGAUACCAAACCAUCAGUGAAAUGGGGCCUUCGACUGAGGCUAGACGUGUUUAUAUAGAUCUA